AUGUCAGAGGUACACAGUUACGACAGACAUCAUGAUCAUCACAGACAUGAUAAGCACGAUCGACACGACAAGCACGAUAAGCACCACGACAAGCAUCACGAUAAGCACGAUCAUCACUAUAGCGAUCAUCAUGACAGCGAGCGAGCUAUGAUGGAGAAGAGACUGAAGAAGUACCCCAGCGAUGCCAGCAAGUACGAGCUCAAGGAGGCCAUUGGCAAGGGCGCCAGUGGCUCCGUCUACAGAGCCAUCUGUCUCACAAACAAAGACAUCGUCGCCAUCAAGAUCGUCGAUCUCGAGCAUUGCAGGAAUAUAUCUCUCGAUGAGCUUAGAAAAGAGAUACAGGCAAUGAGUAUGUGCAACCAUCCAAACGUCGUUAUAUAUUACACGAGCUUUGUGCACAACGAAUCAUUAUGGGUCGUGAUGGAGCAUUUGUCGGGCGGCUCCUGCUCCGACAUUAUGAAGCUGUCCUUCCCACAUGGAUUUGAGGAGCCGGUCAUCGCAACGAUACUGCGCGAGACACUCAAAGCCAUCAUCUACUUCCACAAGGCCGGACGAAUACACAGGGACAUCAAAGCGGGCAACAUCAUCAUUGACUCGAAUGGCACCGUCCACCUAUCGGACUUUGGCGUCAGCGCCACACUCGUCGACACGGGCGAUACCAGUCGCAACACCUUUGUCGGCACGCCCUGUUGGAUGGCCCCCGAGGUCAUGGAGCAGGCCAACUACGACUACUCGGUCGACAUCUGGUCGUUUGGAAUCACCGCACUCGAGCUGGCCAAGGGUCGCGCACCAUUCGCCGAGUACCCGCCCAUGAAGGUGCUGCUGAUGACCAUGCAGAACCCGCCACCCCAAUUGGAGGACGACAGCGAGGCCAAGUGGUCCAGUGGCUUCAAGGACCUGAUCGAGCGAUGUCUCCAGAAGGACCCUGCCAAGCGUCCACAGCCCACCAAGCUUCUGGAACACAAGUUCUUCAAACAGGCCAAGCGCCCCGACUACAUGAUGGCCAACGUCCUAUCCAAGCUACCACCCAGUGAGCAGCGCUACAAGAUGCUGUCACAUGACAGCAACUUUGCCAUGCUGAGGAACACGUCGGCACCGCACGUCAGCAAUCACAACUCCAAUCAUAAGGACGGAUGGAUCUUCCCCGACGCAAACGACAAUGGCGUCGCCACACAGGAGCAUUCGAACGUCCUGUCGCCAGCCAUGACGCCCCUCGUCACACCGACCAUAUCACCAACAGUCACACCCAACCCAAGUCGAACGACCACACCUAACCCAGCACAGGCCAUGGGAUUGUCUGGCAGUACCAACAUGUCAAAGUCCAUCGGCGGCCCACUACAACAAGGCAACAUUGGCCACAGCCAGGUACACAGCCAUUUGUCGCUGUCCCAGCCCACGCCAGUCUCGACCGUCAAUAUCAACCGCCUCAUUGACGAGGCGUCAGCAAAGAGCCCGAUCACACAGCAUGCACCCACGCUCGUCACCACGUCGCCCAAGCUGACGUCGGUCAACUCCAACUCGUAUGCACCGGACCUCUCGGUGUCCAGCAACAUCCAGUCACCCGUGUUGAUAAACACUGGCUCCAAGCCACCCUCGCCCACCUCCGAGAAGGACCCCCACUAUAACUCCGCCCGCACCAGUGGCGGUAAUGUCCCAUUGCCGCCAUCAAAGAUCAAGUCGGACAGCUCCCGCCAGUCGUCGCGCGGUUCGUCAUUGUCUGACAGCGGCCACUCUGACGACUUGUCACGAGAUUCCAGCUCGGACGAGUACCACAGCAGCCGCCACGACGACAGGAAGAGCAAGCAGAAUAGACAGCGAAGCAAGAAGCAUCGCGACAAGGAGAGAGAUAAGGAGAGAGACAGGAAGCGCGACAGAGAUAGACAUGGCGACCGCUACGUCGACAGGAGCAGGUCGCGCUCGCGCAGCACCCACAGCCAUCGCGACCGAGACAGAGAGAGAGGAAGAGAGAAGGAGCGUGACAGACACACCGAGCGAGACAGAAGCAGGUCCAGGUCGAGGAGCAGGGGCCGCAGUGAACGCUCGAGGAGUCGUGACCGCUCAAGAAGUAACCACAGCCACCGUGACCAUCGCGACAGAGACCGCAGUCGCGACCGCAGUCGCUCUAGGUCCAGGAGCAGUCACAGCCAUCGUGACCGAGACAGAAGCAGAUCCAGGUCGAGGAGCAGGGAUCGUGACAGAAGUCGCUCGAGAAGCCGUGAUUCCUACCACCGAGACAGAAGCAGAUCGAGAAGUCGCGACGAUUACCACCGCGACCGCAGUCGCUCACGAAGUCGUGACAGGAGCAGAUCAAGAAGCCGUGACUCCCAUCACCGUGACAGGAGCAGAUCGAGAAGCCGUGACUCCUAUCACCGAGACAGGAGCAGAUCGCGUAGUCGCGACGACCACCACCGCGACCGCAGUCGCUCCGGCAGCAGGAACAACAGGAGACGUAGCAGACGUUACAACAACAACUACAGAGACAGAGAUAGAGACCGCGACGAGUCAUCCGACAGCGACAGGGAUCACAAGUCAAUGUCGUCCAGCAGCAGUCGCUACAAGAACAAGAAGAAGUCUUCGUCGUCUGAGUCGGAGAAGAUCCAGGGCAAGCUGCUCAAGCAGGCGCAGGUGAUCUCCUACCUGGAGGACAAGAUCUCCAACCUCACCAACUGGAUCCAGACACAGCACCAGAUGACCACGUCGCAUCAGAGCGCCAUCGAUCCAGCCAUUAUCAACCGUCUCCAGUCUCAGUUGGACACACUACACAGUGAGAACAAUCUGUUGCGUAGUGAGAACCACCAGCUUAAGAAUGUCGUGGGCAGUACAUCCCUGAACAACUCGACAGCCAGUAGUCCACUACGAUACAGUGCCAACAUUGAGAGACCACAAUCACAAUGA